GUUCCUUCCCCAAGUGUCAGUCUGCAGUACACGGCCAGUCUGUGGCACAGUCACUUGGUGUUCGUGGUAGGUGCUCAGCAGUCGGAAUCAGUCCCUAAGCAGUGUGGCAGCAUCUCGAAUCCACAGUGCAGCCUGUGUGUGAAAGUUGUGGUUUAGCAUCCUGUGUUUAUAACAGAAGUAAAGCCCCCCUUUCCCUUCCUAUGAGAGCCCCUGGCAAGGCAGGUGCCUGGCUUGGUUGGCGGGAGACCAGAAGUGCAGCAGAAUCAAAGCUUGCUGCUGGAGGUGAUGGCAGAGGAGGAGGAGGAGGAGGGGCGUUGUCUACUGUUGGCAGCUUAGUACCUGCUGCAGCAGCCCCAAAGGGAGCACCGAGUACCAGUUGCUCAAUAGUUUAUCAGUUUGUAUCGCCCUUUCUUCUCCCUUAAGUGAAUUUCGGUUUCGAGGGCACAGCUUGAUAGAAGAAAGAUGGGGUGGCGAUGGGGACCUUAGGGCUUUGGAAUGUCCAGUGUGAGGAAGCAAAGCAGUGCUGGCCGGCCAAUAAGAUCUGGCUGUGUGCUUAGGGCUCUCUGGAUCCUCCCGUCUUUGGCAAGGGACUCUUGAGACUCGGGAGUGUCUACGGUGGCCGUGGCUCGGGGUGGGUGGCUGGGUGGUGGGGUCCUUGUCUCGGCUGCACAGCCCAACUGCUGAGAAGGGCGUGGGCCUCUCGGUCCGGCGGGGUCCUGGACCCUGGUGCCUCGGGGGUUCAGGCUCCGGGCCGGCCCCGGCCCUGGCGGUUGCCAUGGUGACGUAGGGUCGGCUGUGCGCCGUGGAGACAAAGCGGCCCGCCCGCCCGCAGCUCCCGGGCUCCUCCUCCGCCGCGCCUCCCUUAAUCCCCGGCGCCGCCGCCGGAGCGGCUCACGGUCCUCCCAUCGAUCCCCCGGUCCGUCCUCCAGCCGCCCCCCACCGCCGCUGGCCAGAUCGUAAAGCUGCUUGCUCACUUAGAAGACAGUGAAUAGAAGGUGCCAUUCCGGGUGAGCUUUACUUACCAAACCACUCCAUGCUGAAGCUGCUGGGUGACCUCUCUCCCCUAAAAUCUACCCACUCAUGGAUCACAGAUUCAAAGGUCGGAUGUUGCUCCUGGAUUGCAUCCAUCCUGGAUAAUUCUCUCUGUGGCAUUGAUGGAUGGCCUGUCUUAUAGUCACCAUAGCAACAGAUCUUCAGGUGGCCUUUUAAAAUAUGCAUCAGAGACAGGGAGCGCCAAACAGGAGCUGAAAAUGUUUGAAAAACUUCUGAGUUCUCUCUCUACUUUUCCAGCCCUUCCAGCCCCCUCGCCUGACUCGGAUGAUGUGAUGAUGUUCAGGGGGAUUCCUUAAUCCCAGUCCCUCUGCAGCCAGGCACAUCUACAAAAGAUUGCAUCCAUAAUUCAGGAUGGCCAGCCAGCCGCCAGAAGAGGCUGUGGAGUCUCAGGUCUCGGAUGAGCUGGAGUGCAAGAUCUGUUACAAUCGGUACAACCUGAAACAGAGGAAGCCCAAGGUUCUGGAGUGUUGUCACAGGGUUUGUGCCAAAUGCCUCUACAAGAUCAUAGACUUUGGGGACUCUCCCCAAGGUGUCAUCGUCUGUCCUUUCUGCAGGUUCGAGACAUGCCUGCCAGAUGACGAAGUUAGUAGCCUGCCCGAUGACAAUAACAUCCUUGUAAACUUGACUUGUGGAAGCAAAGGCAAGAAAUGCCUGCCCGAGAAUCCCACGGAGCUACUGCUCACACCUAAGAGGCUGGCUUCUCUUGUCAGUCCUUCCCACACAUCCUCCAACUGCCUGGUUAUCACCAUCAUGGAGGUGCAGAGGGAGAGUUCCCCAUCACUCAGUUCUACUCCCGUGGUAGAAUUCUACAGGCCGGCCAGUUUCGACUCUGUCACCACAGUGUCCCACAAUUGGACGGUGUGGAACUGCACCUCACUACUCUUUCAGACUUCCAUCCGGGUGUUAGUGUGGCUGCUAGGCUUGCUUUACUUCAGUUCCUUGCCCUUAGGGAUCUAUUUACUGGUGUCUAAGAAAGUCACCCUUGGGGUGGUCUUUGUUAGCCUCGUCCCCUCUAGCCUUGUCAUCCUUAUGGUGUAUGGUUUUUGCCAAUGUGUUUGUCAUGAAUUUCUGGACUGUAUGGCACUUCCUUCGUAAUCAAUAUGCAAAACAGGAAAUUUGGCACAUAUGGCUACGUUCAAAUGAUGUACGUACGAUUUGCUUUUUGUAUUCUCCAUGAUUAGUGUCUACAGCCUCAACAAAGCCCUUGGCCAUGUGUCUGUGGUCCAUUUUCUGUCCAGAUGUUGGCUUGAUGGGUUUUCCUGGAUCUGAAAAUUAAAAAAGAAAAGUUCAUUUCUACAUAAGGGUUAGCCAAGAAGCAAAGCUGUGUGUGUAUAGCUUUUAUGGAGCUCUGAUAGUUGUGAGAUGUCCGGGAGCAAAGGUGUGGGCUCAGUGAGUGCUUUCAGACAGGUACCAGGCCAGGUGUGUUAUAUUGUGGCAGGGUCUCUGUGAAAAGGUCUGGAAGAAUGGAGUCCUCCUUUAAUUUAGGGGUAUCCCAUGAUGGUGGGCAGAUGUCAGAAGCACAUGGGUGUGUCCCCCAUUGUCUUAGUGCUGGAGCCUCUAAUCAUCUUCAGGUGCUUUCUCUCUAAAGAUAAUGCUUCCCUGAGAUGUGCUACCUGCCCUCAGAUCCAUUUCUCUACUCUGCAGUACCCCCUGCCCCAGGGUCCUGCAAUCUCAUCCCCUUGGGUACUUCCUGUAGAAUUCCUGUUUGGGCAUGUUGCUAGAGAAGAUGGACAGCUCUGAGAAGUUUGCAUGGAAGUAGACCUCAUGGCCAUUUGUGGUUAACACAGGCCUUUUCCUCCAUGUGUGUUUUUCUCCCAGGCUUCCUGGAGAAGGUAUGGGCAGUUUUUGCAUGUGGAGACAUUCACUGGAGUAAUUCCUUAUAGCAUUUUAAUUUUGUUUGAUUUCUAACCACAUUCUUCAAUCAGCCCCAUCCCUUUUCCUGAAGGAAGUUCCAUUUAAAUUAGUUGUUAUCAGUUUAUGAAGGUUUCAUUUUGUUCCCCUUGUUUCAGAAAUUUGCUUAGGGCUGACUUCAUUGACUCCUGCAACACUCUGGGGGAACCUGUGAUGGUGAAAACCCAGUGAGAGGCUGCCAGCCGCUCUAGUCCUAGGCACUGAGAACCUAAGUGUUCUGUUGAAUGGUACCAGGUUGCAGUGGUUCAGGUUUAUGUCCUAUGGAAGUCCAGGCAGAGGAAAGGGUGAAACCAUGCCAAGCUGAUGCCCUGCUUGGAGAGACAGGUCAAGGGGAUGAAGUGGAUGUGGCUGAGUGCAGCUCACUUCCGGCUACCUGCUGUUCAGUGAGUUUGGGGAUAGAUUCAAGUCCUUCAAUUUAUUUUCAGUAAAAGCAUAGGCUAUGUGGCUUGAGUAUCAACCCCUUUUGAUGAAAUAGAGUGGGGGGGCAUUGAAUGUAUAUAUUUAUGGGAAUAAGUUGUCUAGCAGGUUUUAGAUGGGGAAAUAGAAUGCUCACAGAAACUAGGCAAAAAGAGGGAAGAAAGCUUCUUAGUCUCUGAGACUCAUUACUGAUGACUUAACAAUAAAAUAUCCAUAAUGCUUAGAGAAGGGCUUUACCAAGACUUUGUUAACUUGUUUGUGGUGAAAUAUUUGUUGUGUGAAGUAGUUACAGGGGGCCAGUUCCAAACUCAAUAUUAAGGGAAAAUGGAUACUUAUCUAGAAUAGGAGUUUUACUUAGUUGCAUAACUACUGACUUUAAGAACAUGUAUGCCCAAGGUACAUAUAAUGAGAAAGUAUGUGUGGGAUGUGGUCCAAUGAAAUUUAACCCCCAGCUUAGAGCUAAAUACAUUUAUGAUUCCAGAAACCCUAGUUUUAGGUAGUACUGUGGAUGCGGUUUCCAGAAUUCCAUUUGUACUUUGAGUAAAUACAAUAUUUAAGAGGUUUUGUGGUUUGGAUUGAUAUAUUUACAAGGUUUCUUUUUGAAAGAUGCUCAUUUUGUGUGAGCUGUAGCAUUGAGUGAGUUGGUGAGUUCCCGCAGGAAGAGGUUUCCAGAAGGCUCUGGACCAACUCUGUGUUUUGCUACUUUGUGUGAUGUCUGCAGUGCUGAAGUUGCGUCUGUAUGUGCUGUGGCAAUAUUUUUCUUAAUGCCAACGUGUUGAUUUGGUUUUAAAGAGUUUUCAAUGUAUAACAAUAACAACACAAAACAACACAAGUCUCCAUGCUGCUGAAUGGAAAGGGCAAUCCUAUACUGUUGUAUUCUCUAUGAUAAUGUUUUCUUGUCCAUUAAAUUUUAUUAUUUCUAAACGA